UUUUUCAACUGUGUAUCGUCUUAUACCCGAGCGAACCUCCUCUUCGUUGACCAACCUGCCGGGGCUGGCUUUGCUGAGGGACCGCCCGUCACGAGGGGCUCGCACGAAGCCGCUGACGACUUGUACUUGGCCCUUCUAGGGUUCUUCUCUCAGCACAGACAGUAUAAAAAUAGAGCCUUCUACAUCGCUGGGGAGUCGUAUGCUG